UGAAAACAGCUGAUUUUGUUCAACCCUCAUUUACACACGGGAAAAACGGAGGCCCAGAGAGGUUGAGGUUUUGAGUAAGGUGCACACGUGUGUCGGAGGCUGGGAGUGCUCCUCAGCCCUUGGCCGUGUGACUCUCCACCCCCAGCGCCAACUUCUGGAUCCAGCUGGUGAAGGGGGAGCAGAAGGAGCUGCGCACCCAGAGCAAAGACAUGCAAACGUCCCUAGAGAACCUGCAGCAGGAAGUGAGGCUCUGGCAGGCCCGGUAUGAAGAGGCGAGGGACAACCUGCAUAACUUCGAAAUCUUGCUGAGGAAGCUGGACAGCCAGUGCGAGGCGUACGUCUGUGUGAAGAAGAACUUGGAAGAGGAAAAAUAUAAACUCAGGAGCAGGAUUUUGACAUUGGCCAAGACGAACAGUUGGCUUCUAAAUGAGAAUGAAGACAAAGCUCGGCACCUGUGAGGGGUGUGGGCUGCCCUGUCCAUGAAGGGGCCCUGGCUUCAAGCCCCGCGCCUGGGUCUCGACAUUAUGGGCAGAGAGCCCCCUGGCGCACUGGUGUCCCAAGGGAAGGGGUCAGACCAUCUUCCCAGCACAUCCUCCUCUCGUUUUCCUGGAACGGUUCUAGAUUUCUGCAAGUAGGGAUGGUUGGCUUUUCAAAGAUACUGCCCACUGCCAGAUGGUUCUUAAUCUGCUUUUGGAUUCAGUUCAGAUUUAAAAAUAUGAUGGCGGUAGAGUGGUGCCUAGGGAAGGAAUUCAGAUUGCGGGCCGAGCCCUUUCUGUGUAUUUUCCCUUAACAGGCUGGAGAGAGGGUGGUUGGUGCACCCUGGUUGUCCUCCCUCUGCCGACAUGACACAUUCCUGGCUUUGGUGUAGGCCCUGCGAGGUGCACAGAACCAGUGACCUGGUGGCCAGGAACUAGUAGGCGUGAUGGGAUGUGAGCAGAGCUGUGUGCACGGCAGACAGAUGUUGAGGAGCUUCAUAGAGGCCUAGAAGGAAGCAUGGUGGUGGGAGUUGGGGUGCUGCUGCUGACCCGGGUGGGGACAGGGCUGGCCGGUGCGGGGACAUGGAGCACGGGUGGUCUGGAUGCAGGGAAGGUGCAGGCAGUGGCAGGAGGGAAGGCUGCAGCAGCUGGCGCUCAGCUGGGGAAGGCAUCCAUGCCCGGCUAAGGAGUAGGGUUCACUGGGAAGUGAGUGUUUAUGGGAAGCUGGUGGACAGGCCUAAGAGCUGCCACAAAGGGGGGCCGGAGGAAGGGCCUUGGUGUUGGGAGCCUUGUGGUUGGAAGUCAAGUAACCUGAGAUGCAAUGUGGGUCCAGGGUGGUCUUCCCCCCUUGGUGCUGUGCCGGAGGCUGGGAGUGCUCCUCAGCCCUUGGCCGUGUGACUCUCCACCCCCAGCGCCAACU